GGGCUCUUGUGUUCCUGAAUUGAUAAAGCGAAGUUACGGUUUGUACUUUGUACUUCGCUUCGAGUCUUCACUGGAACUCUUCGCCGGAUCUUGAUCGGAGAAAGCGAGAGUUAACAUUGAACAACGUUUAAAUCAAACGUAAGUGUUGCCGCGUAAUCUUUCUUGAAUUUUUCAUUUUCUCGGAUCUACCUUCGAUUUUUCGGUUGUCGUGCUGGUUUAGCCGGUCUCGAUCUGGGAAACCAGAACUGAUUUUUUAAACUUCCUACUUUUUGGGAAAAUGGUGGUGGAAGGGAACGAGUUCGUUUGAAAAUUUUGUCAUUUGUUCAUUUUGUUUAUUUGUUUGUUCAUUUUCAGGUGAAAGGGGAGCAAAGUAGAAUACUUUUUCAUGGAUCUGAGUUGAAAAAGUUAUUCAGAUUCCUGUUUGUCAAAAGAGAAAAUUUUGAUUCAAUUUUUCUCAUCUUAUCUUUAGAGGGAUGGGAAUAAAAGUAGCGAGCACAUGUUUGCAUUGGUCACAACCGAUUGUUCCUCACUCUUCAUCGUCUUCUCAAACACUAGCUUCAGCGGUCUCUUCACCUUCUGCGAAACGACGCCGUCACGACGGUUCAGCUCUGGUGUGCCGGUACGUGCAGAGACUUGACCGAUCAUCUCUCUUCGGAGCAAAAUUAACGAAGCUCCGCAGGUCCCAGUCUUACGAGUACCCACAAUCAAAACCACAACUCACCGUACUAAGAAGAACUUACAGUGCCAGCUUGGACGCCUUCCGGUUCCAAGAUGACGGGGAUGAAAACGGCGACAGUGAUGAUAACAGUAACGGCGUAGAUCCUUCAUGGCAAGCCCAUGAACCACCAGAGAGUAUUGAACGGAAGGCUAACAGUGUGGACCUUCCGAUAUCGCUAAGAAUGAUAAAGAGAAAGUUAAAAUGGCAAGACGGGUUUAUAGAAGCAGGAGAAUCAGCCUAUUCUUCAGUUAAAAAAGCGUUUUCAUCCAUGGUGUUUAUAAUCCGAGAGCUUCAUAGCUUCACUUUACAUAUGAGAGAGAUUCUGUAUUACGAAGAUUUACAAGGGAUUCUUGUAAGGGUUCAAAGAGAGAUGCACGCUUCUUUUGUGUGGUUGUUUCAACAAGUGUUCUCUCAUACACCAACUUUAAUGGUGUAUGUUAUGAUACUUUUAGCGAAUUUUACAGUAUAUUCAAUGGCUAGUAACCCUGCACUCGCAGUUUCAGUUUCUCCACCAACAACUGAAGUUGCUUCGGUGAUUGAGGUUGAGGAAAACAGGAAUUUAAAUUCUGGUUCUUCAUCGAUUAAGAGCUUUACAGUGUCUUCCUCAAGUGGGAAAGCCACGUCAAUUGGAGGAAAUAACAAUGGCGGUGGCGGGAAAAUCCGGCCGGUGGCUAGCGGCACAGAUGGGGAUGGAGGGUUUGACCGGAUUGACCAUUUUAGAACAAUUGUGCCUGACGGUGCUUCACAGUUGUCAUCUCUUGGGACGACUAGAGAGGCAGAGUCGGUGUCAGAGCAAUUAGUUAAAGAAGAAGAGAUGAAUUUGUGGAAUUCAAUUCUUAACGAAGCUUCUCAAAUGCAAGCUUCAGUAAGAGGAGACGAGUCUCUCGAUCAUGAGACCAUGCAAAGAUUCGUUUCACCAAUCAAGGCCAACAUUGAAUCUGAUGAGUACGCAGAUUAUUUCAAAACAGAGCUCCUUUAUCAAAUAAGCUUGCAGAGAGAGCCCCAGAACCCUCUUCUUCUCGCCAAUUAUGCUCAAUUUCUCUACCUCGUUGCUCAUGACUACGACAGAGCGGAGGAGUAUUUCAAGAGAGCAAUUGGGGUGGAGCCAGCAGAUGCAGAUGCAGAGGCAUUUAACAAAUACGCAAGCUUUUUAUGGAAAGCGAGGAAGGAUUUAUGGGCAGCUGAAGAGACGUUCCUGGAAGCCAUUGCUGCUGACCCAACAAACUCCUACUACGCGGCUAAUUACGCCCACUUUUUAUGGAACACUGGUGCGGAGGACACGUGUUUCCCUCUCGACUCUCCAGAUGCCACUCAAGAAGAAGCUUAAUCCUGUCACGUGAAAAAAAAAAAAAAAAAAAAAAAAUCUCAAAA